AUGCCUCCUAGACAGGACCCAACUAACGCUCAGCUCGCUCAGGCCAUGGCUCAAUUGGCCCAAGUGGUGACUCAGCAGGCCAAUGCUAGUGUUACGAUGGCCGCUGCCCAAGCACAGAGAGAGGCUGAAGAACAUGCCAGAAGGGCGCAGAGGUUGGAACGGGAGCUGAACCAGGAUCAGGUCAGGAUGAGAACUGAUUUCAAUCGGCAGAACCCGCCAAAGUUUGAAGGGGAAGUUGAACCCGAGAAAGCGGAUCUUUGGAUCCAAGAGCUGGAAAAGAUUUUUGAAGCUUUGCACACAACUGAUGGAGAGAAGGUGAAUCUCGCUACCUUCAUGCUGAAAGGGGAUGCAGAGUACUGGUGGAGGAGCACCAGGCUGUUGAUGACGACUAACCAGGUGGCUAUUACCUGGGAUUCAUUCAAAACAGCUUUUAUGAACAAGUACUUUCCAGAGACUGCAAGAGAUGAUAUGGAGAACCGUUUCCUCAGACUGAAACAAGGAAGCAUGACUGUUGGGGAAUAUGCAGCCAAGCUGGAGAGUCUGUCGAAGUACUUUCGCUUCUUCCGAGAACAAGUUGAUGAAGGGUAUCUCUGCAACCGUUUCAUGAUUGGUUUGAGGGAUGAAAUUGAGGAGUCCGUCAGACCUUUGGGAGUCAGAGUCUUUCAACAACUGGUUGAGAAGUCUCGCGAGGUUGAGGUCAUGAAGAAUCGUCGAGGGAACCGACAGGAAAGUGGAGGGCCAAUCAGGUCUGGUCAGAAACAAGCUGGGAAGACUGAAAAGGGUAGGGCUGGUCAGAAGAAGCCUUAUCAGAAUGCAACUGGUAGGACAUCAUCUACCAAAGUCGGAGCAAAUACUCCGAGAGAAGAUGUUACUUGUUUCAAGUGUAAUGAGAAAGGGCACUAUGCCAAUGAAUGUGGGAAAGAGAUUACUUGCUGGAAGUGCCAGAAGACGGGGCACAUCUCGACAAAUUGUCCUGAUGCGCCAAAAGCUGAACCUGUGUUGAAUACGGCAAGGGGGAGACGUCCAGUUGCUAAGGGACGUGUCUUUGCUGUUACUGGCAAGCAAGCUGAGGGUGUUGAAGAUCUUAUUCAGGGCGUUACGGAUUAUUUGAAUUCGUACCAUUUGAAGAAGGGUUCACCGGCGUUCGUGAACUCUAUCGUGGCGGAAGCAAGAAACGAUAGUGAUGUACGGAACAUCUCGAUAGUGCAAGACUAUGUGGAUGUUUUUCCGGAGGAUGUGCCCGGAUUGCCACCAGUAAGGGAGACGGAGUUCUCCAUUGACAUCAUGCCCGGCACGGGACCGAUAUCGAUGGCGCCGUAUCGGAUGGCACCAGCGGAAUUGAUGGAAUUGGCAAAACAGUUGGAUGAUCUCUCUUCAAAGGGAUUUAUUCGACCGAGUGUGUCUCCUUGGGGAGCGCCAGUGUUGUUGGUAAAGAAGAAGGACGGGAGGUCCAGGUUGUGUGUAGAUUACCGACAACUAAACAAGGUGACAGUGAAGAAUCGUUAUCCGAUGCCUCGGAUAGACGACUUGAUGGACCAACUUCGGGGAGCAGUUGUUUUCUCGAAGAUUGAUCUGAAAUCAGGGUAUCACCAGAUUCGGGUGAAGGAGGCUGACAUUCAGAAGACGGCAUUCAGAACUCGAUAUGGACAUUAUGAAUAUCUCGUGAUGCCAUUUGGAGUUACUAAUGCACCCGCAGUUUUUAUGGACUACAUGAACCGUGUGUUCAGGCCAUUCUUGGACAAGUUCGUGGUGGUGUUCAUAGACGAUAUUCUAAUUUACUCGAAGAGUAAGGAGGAACAUGAGGAGCAUUUACGUCAAGUGCUAGAGGUGUUGCGGAAGAAGGAACUCUAUGCUAAUGGAGGAAAGUGUGAGUUCUGGAUGGAGGAAGUGAAGUUCCUUGGUCAUGUCAUAUCUAGAAAAGGUGUGGCAGUGGACCCCAGCAAAAUUGAAUCAGUUUUGGCAUGGGAACAACCGAAGACAGCAAGUGAUAUCAGAAGUUUUGUUGGGCUUGCUGGCUACUAUCGGCGUUUCGUGAAGGAUUACGCCAAGUUGACUGCACCGUUGACUCAUUUGACAAAGAAGGAUCAACCGUUUGCGUGGACGGAGAAGUGUGAGGCUAGCUUCCAAGAAAUGAAGAAGCGGUUGACCACCGCACCUCAUUGUGUCGGACAGAGACCCGAGGUUUACCUCGCGUUUCUGGGAAGCUUUGCAGCGGGCUUUGGGAACCAGGUUGAAAUUGAGUUCCGCUUAUCAUCCACAGACGGAUGGGCAAACCGAGAGGACCAUCCAAUCCUUGGAGGAUUUGCUAAGAUCUUGUGUGCUGGAUCACAAAGGCAGCUGGGAUGA